GAGUUGAAGCAGUCACUCCACGCGUGAACCGUCCACAGACCGACGUCAUGCUGCUGAAACCACACAGGAAUCCACUUCUGCUCACCCUCACCUGCAUGUGUUUCUCACGAGCGCUGCUUUGGUCUUAUCAGGAAGAGGAUGUCAGUGAUGGAGAGAAAUGCUCUGAAAAUAACAUUUCAACCACAAAGUACCCCUGUGUGAGGUCAACCGGAGAAGUUACAACAUGUUACAGGAGGAAAUGUUGCAAAGGCUUCAAGUUUGUGAUGGGCCAGUGCAUACCUGAAGAUUAUGAUGUGUGUGCUGGCGCGCCCUGUGAGCAGCAGUGUACUGACCAUUUUGGUCGCGUUGUGUGCACUUGUUACUCAGGCUACCGCUAUGACCGAGAACGCCACAGAAAUCGAGAGAAGCCCUACUGUCUGGACAUUGAUGAAUGUGCGGACAAAAACAUUAGCGCCUGCUCUCAGAUCUGCAUCAACACCGCAGGGAGUUUUAGGUGUGAGUGUGAGAAAGGCUAUUUCCUGGAAGACGAUGGGAAGACUUGCACCAAAGGGGAGCGAGUUCAUCUCUUUGAGAAGUGUGAUAAUUUAAUGAAUUCUGGAACUUGCUCAGCUACAUGUGAAGAUUUCCUCCAGAUCAAGAUGUCAGUACUGCAGCUUAAACAGAAGAUGGCCUUGCUGUCAAAUAGUGCUGAUGUCCCUGUGCAGAUGAGCAGUGAGAAAAUCCUUACAUCCUCUGUAUUUAUACCAGGACCUCCAGGCUCCCCUGGGCCACAAGGAGAUACAGGACCAGUUGGUCCUCCAGGAUUGGUUGGGCCUCCUGGUCCACCUGGUCCCAGAGGCCUGAUGGGACCCAUUGGACCAACACCAGACCUGUUCCACAUCAAACGUGGACCUCGAGGACCUGUGGGUGCCCCAGGAGCACCAGGGAGGGAUGGUCUCAAGGGGCAGAGAGGAGCUCCCGGUCCUGCUGGACCACCAGGCCCUCCAGGAUCCUUUGAUUUCCUGCUUCUGCUGAUGGCAGAUAUCCGUAAUGACAUUGCUGACUUGCAGAGCAAGGUGUACGGUCAGCCAACGCACUCUCCGGAUGACCACAUUCCUUUAGCCCCAGACAGUUGGAGAAGCACAGCAGACAGUGCGGAUGCAGGAUCAGGGGAGGACUAUAAGGAACCUCUGUCUCAAACAGACCGGUGGUCCAAAAGGAACAAGAAGAGAAAACAAGGACGAGAAAGAACAAACUGAUUGGACUAAUAACGAAUCGUGGCUUUGAAUACUGCCAGGUGUAAAUACUGAAGGGGUUUGUUUUUAUAUUUAAUGGAUUUUUAUGAACAUAUUUUAUAUUGUUUUACAACAGAUGUUUAUUUUUUUAUAACAUAAAAGAUUGUCUGUUUUUAAACAAAUGUGCAUAGACUUAGUUUUUUUAUAUUUUUACUGUACUUUAUGAAAAACUGAGCAAUACAAUAUCUAGGCAUGCAUAACUUCACAAGAUGCAUUAAGUAUUAUAGCUGCUGCACUGGAACUUCAUAAAGCUAAUGAGAAUAGAGUUGUAGGACCAGAAAAAUUCAUAAUAUCAUGAGAAUAAAGUCAUGACAGAAUAGACAUCAGAUCAUUCGAACAAUACUGACCAGCACAGCCAAACUACCAAACGGCAAUCUGAGCUCCAUUUGUAAACAUAAUAUUAAUUUGAUGCUGAUGGGCUAAAAGGUUUAAUAUUUCCUUAUUUACAAAAUAGAUAAUAAAGUAGAAGUUCACAAGAUUUUCAACAGUCUUCAUUUCGAUGCAGCUGAUAAUCAUGCAAGAGUUCUCUUUCUAAAUAUUGACUUUAUUUUCAUAGCAUUACAACUUUAAUUCAGCAAUAUUAUUACAUUAAUCUGGUAAUAUCACUUAAUUCUUCCAAUACGACUAUUUUUAUAACAUUUUGACUUAAUACUCAUGUCUUUAUUCUGAAUAUAUAAUGAAUUUUUUCUCAUAAUUCUACUAAUUUAUUGUUAUAAUAUUACAACCUGUCAAAAACAAACUUUUCUAUAGUCUGGCCCUAAUACUCUGUUGUGGAUAAACAGUUUUUAUCCCCGCAAAAACUCGAUUUUUACAGUUUCAAGGAUUUUCUUAAAACAUUAAAUAUUUUUUUAUGUCCUGUAUGGAUUAUGUCCAAAUAUUAAAAAAAAAAAAAAAAACCUGUCCCUGUUAAAAACAUGCUCUGUUUACAAAGGUUGUUUACAGUUUGUUUAGCUGAAUUAGGAAAUAUGCCACCUUUUUUUUACUAUAAAAACAUCAUUACAUUUACUAUCAAUAGUGUGAAGCUUUUCCUGUAGGCCACUUAAAAAAACUGUA